UUGUUUGGAGUUGGGAGUGUCGAGACAGAGCAAGAAGAGCUAGCCGCCUCCUAUAUUAGCAAGAGCAAGCCUCCCCUUGCAGCAGCAGCAGCAGCGAGCAUUCGCUUUCCCUCUCCUCCUCUCUUCACCGUUUGCAAUUGCAGCUUCCUCUCUCACAAUCUCUCCCCUCAAGCCUUGAGCCCAAAUGGUUCGUGAGAUGGCUUGUUUCUCCGGCUGUGCUCCACCGGCGGCGGCUCUGUCUCCGUUCCAUGUCGAACAGGAGCCGGCCGCCGUCCCGGAGGAGGUGUACCACGGCCAUGUAGAGGACCCGGAGGAGGUCAGCACCGGCCGUGGCCACGGCGGCAGCAGUGGGCAGGGGAAGCUCUGCGCGAGGGGCCACUGGCGGCCCGCGGAGGACGCCAAGCUCAAGGAACUCGUCGCGCAGCACGGCCCCCGGAACUGGAACCUCAUCGCCGAGAAGCUCGACGGCCGAUCAGGGAAGAGCUGCCGGCUGCGGUGGUUCAACCAGCUGGACCCGCGGAUCAACCGGCGGGCGUUCACGGAGGAGGAGGAGGAGCGCCUCCUGGCGGCGCACCGCGCAUACGGCAACAGGUGGGCGCUCAUCGCCCGCCUCUUCCCGGGGCGCACCGACAACGCCGUCAAGAACCACUGGCACGUCCUCGCCGCGCGCAGGCAGCGCGAGCGGUCCGGCGCGAUCCGACGCCGCAAGCCUUCGUCCUCCUGCACCACCACCACCUCUUCGUCGCACUUCGCGCCGGCCGUCGCCGUCGCCGCAACCGUCCGCAGCCACUACGGCUCCCCUCCCCUGCCGUCCCACGCCGGCGGUGCGCACGCCCAGCACGGCAUCCGCACGGAGGCGGCGGCCACCCGCGCGUGCAGCGGCGGCGAGUCCGAAGAGUCCGCGUCGACCUGCACCACCGACCUCUCCCUCGGCUCCGCCGGCGCGACCGCCGCCCCCUGCUUCCACCAUAGUUCGAACGACGGUACGGGUCCUCGUCGCUUCAUACGCUUCGCCCGCGUUAGUCUCACGGUGUGUUGCUUCGCUCUCGCUGACAUGGCCUCUGUUUUGUCUGUCCGCGCCGCAGGCUACGACAUGGCCCCUCGCGCCGCCGCGUUCGCGCCCGGCGCGCGCUCCGCGUUCUCCGUUCCCUCCCCAGCGCGCCACCGUGCGGCGGCCUGCGACGACGACAGCUGCGGCAGCCUCGCCCGGCACUUCUACGACUUCCUCGGCGUCGGUGCGACAUGAUCAGAGUCCAGGCGGGUGGCGGUGGUGUACAGGAGAGGAGGUCUGGAGGAGGGAUAGCAUAGCAAACAUCAAGUCGCCCCGUGGUCAGGAUGAAGGCAAUCUGAGAUUAGGAAUAUUUUUUACUGCCCAAAAGCCAGAGAUGUAGUUACCGUCGUCAUAUUUCGGCCUAUGAUGCUUUUUUUAAUGAACGUACCUAAGCAUGUAUUUUAUUAAGAGAAAAUUCAGCAUAGGACGCUGUAAGCAGGAUUCUGAAAUCCGCGUUGCUGCGUAGUUGCUGAUGUGGACAAAGGAAUCUUCCAUCAAUUAACAUUCAACUUCUUGAUUUAA